AUAAUCUAUGGAAAUAGCUGGAUAUAACCUAAGAUAAUGAAACAAAACAACAAGUAUAAGAGAAAAUUCUAAAGGAGAUUCAGAAAACUGUGAAAAUGUUUAAAUUGAAAAUAGUUGAUGAUAAUACUAAUCCAAAUAAAGAAGGUGGUUCAACAGUACAUGAGCAUUUUCAUGACUUUUCGAGAAAACUGAUGUGCAUAGAAUAUCCUGGUAUUGUUAACAAUGUAGACAAAAUGUUGGAAACUUUAGGAGGCUUAAACACGUUAGAAAUGGAAGUUGGCACAAGAAAAAAGUACAUCGAAUUGAAGUUUAGACCAGAUGAUAUGUACAGUAAAUCUUGUUAUGGAGAUAAAGAAAAAAAACCGGGAAUAUUAGUCAAAAUAAAGAUCCGCCAGCCCAAAGUUAAUUUAACUUCUCAAGAGCUUAAAGAAAAUUGUGCUCCAAUUUAUGAGUACGAUGUAGUAGGGGUGACGGCUAUGACCGUCAAAUUUAAAAGAAUGUGCGAUUUUCAGUAUUUGCCCUUAAUACCAAAAGAUGAAAAGGAGUCAUCCAGUUCUCAGUUGAUAAAUAUUCAUAAUAGCAUUUUUCCUAAGACAUUACCAAGUUUAUCCUAUUUAAUGUCUGAUGAUGCAAAAAACCUCCCCCUUUUUUUUCCACCGGGGGUAUUUUCAAGACAUUCUCGCCCAAUUGAUAUAAGAUAUGAUAGAUCUGAAGUGUUCAAGAAAAGCUCUAGACCUGAAAUCGCAAAUAGGUAUUUGCCAAAGAGAAAAAAUGCUCUUGAAGAAGAAGGCAAACAUAUAGUAACAAAUACAAGAAAGUCUAGAACUACCCACACAGUUUUUAUGAAAUUUGAAGAUCAAUCAUGUCCAAGUAAACCACCGCCCUUAGAAAUGUGCCCCAUUGUAAAGAUAGACCUUUCUGACGAGUUGGAAAAAAUAAAACAACUGUUUUCCGACAGGCCAAUUUGGUCAAAAACUGGAAUCCAACAUCAUACACAAAUAUCUUCAACUAGACUAAAACACUUAAUUUCACAUGUGGCAUAUCAUAUGGUAACAGGGCCGUGGCGAAUAAUGUGGGUACGAUUUGGUUGUGACCCCAGAAAAGACCCGAAUAUGCGCAUUUAUCAAACGUUUGAUUAUCGGAUUCGAGCAGUUGCUGGGUUGAAAGCAAGAGUAAGUGCUAGAGCUACACCCAAAGCUUACGGGUUUCACGGAGACCUAACAAAUAUAAAAAAAUUCCGCUUGGAGGACCACCUUUUCGAUGAUAAUAAAACUGCCGAAGUUCCCACAGAAAAUCAUUACAUAUUACGUCCAGGUGUUAUUCCUGCAUUUAGACAAACGCUGUACCAAUAUUGCGAUUUACAAUUGCCUGAAAUACAAUUGAUGUUUGAGAAGUUACCCAAAGUCCCUCCAGAUGCAAAAUGUCAUCCUAAAAAUGGCUGGUUGCCUGAAAACUUUACCAAUCAGUGCAGAGAAAUUGUAAAUCAAUAUGUAUUAGAGGCCGUUGAUAGCACAAGUCCUUUGCAGGAUCAAGCAGAUAUAAAUAACGAUUUAAGAGAAACAGAAGAUGAUAUGGAUGAGGAAGAGGGUAGACUUUAUGAUUCUGAUUCUUCAGGCGAAGAAAAUGAGAACAAUGAUUAUCAGUCAGAUGAAAUUAUAGAUGAAGAAGAGAUUCGAGAUAUGGAAAGUUUUUUAGAAGAUAUAAUCAAGGACUCUUAUUAGUGAUAUGCACAUGUGCGGAACCCUGGGAUAGGUUUCAAUCAAAUAAUAUGAUUUGACUUCUAACUAAAGUUUUAUAGCCUAUGCAAAAGUCUUUAUACAAAUGGACUUAUUCCUGUAAUUAAUAUGUCUUCAAUAAAAAUAGAAAUUACAGUAUUGAAGUUUACCCUAAAUACGAAUUAAUUAAUUACC